UAAAAUUGGCGUUGGCUUAGGAGCCAGCGAGAGAGAGAGAGAGAGACAGAUACACCGGUGACCGGUCGGUGUUGUUGAUUGAAUUCACCUGACGUUCAACGCAUCUCUGUCAAUGUCUCCAGUUUGGAGAAUCAUUCCGUUUAUUCGGUGAAUUAUAAGAUAGAGUGGAAGCAAAGGCUUCUUUCUUCCUUUUGGUGGCGGUGGCGGUGGCGAUGGCGGAAGGGGAAGAGCUUCGGCCUGACUUGCUGAAAAACACGCCUUCUAACAUUGCGAGAUUGGAGGACGUGAUCGAACACUCUAAAGCAAGGCAAAAGUAUCUCGCCCAUACUUCUAGCUCCUCUGAUGGCGGUGAUGUUCGCUGGUACUUUUGUAAGAUCUCUUUGGCUCCCAACGAGUUGGCAGCCUCUGUCCCGCCAACAGAGAUUGUAGGCAAGAGUGACUAUUUUCGUUUUGGCAUGAGAGAUUCUCUCGCUAUUGAAGCAUCUUUCUUGCAGAGAGAGGAAGAAUUGCUUUCUAGUUGGUGGAGGGAGUAUGCCGAAUGUAGUGAAGGCCCCAGAGAACGACAAAGUUCUAGUUCCAAGGCAGAUACUGAAUCUUUUAUGGGACAUACUCAAUCAUCUCAACUAUAUGAAAUAGAGGAAGAGAGGGUUGGUGUCCCUGUAAAGGGAGGACUGUACGAGGUAGAUUUGGUCAAGAGACAUUGUUUCCCUGUUUAUUGGAAUGGAGAAAACCGACGUGUCCUCAGAGGCCACUGGUUUGCUCGUAAAGGGGGCCUCGAUUGGCUACCACUUCGUGAAGAUGUUGCUGAACAACUAGAGAUUGCUUAUCGUAGUCAGGUUUGGCACCGGAGAACAUUUCAACCAUCAGGACUUUUUGCUGCUCGAGUUGAUUUGCAAGGCUCUACCCAAGGCCUGCAUGCCCUUUUCAUGGGAGAAGAUGAUACCUGGGAAGCCUGGCUAAAUUUUGAUGCUUCUGGCUUUUCUAGCUUUGUUAGUUUUGCUGGAAAUGGAAUUAAACUUAGGCGUGGUUACUCUCCAUCAAAUUCACCAAAACCAACCCAGGAUGAACUAAGGCAGCAGAAGGAGGAGGAUAUGGAUGAUUACUGUUCGCAGGUCCCUGUUCGACACUUGGUAUUUAUGGUUCAUGGGAUUGGUCAAAGAUUGGAAAAGUCCAAUUUGGUUGAUGAUGUGGGCAAUUUCCGGCAUAUUACAGCAAGUCUUGCAGAGCAGCACCUUACUCCACAUCAACGUGGCACUCAAAGGGUCCUCUUUAUCCCAUGCCAGUGGAGAAGAGGUUUGAAGCUGAGUGGUGAAACUGCUGUUGAAAAGAUAACUUUGGAUGGAGUGCGAGGAUUACGUGUCACGCUGAGCGCAACUGUUCAUGAUGUGUUAUACUACAUGAGCCCAAUUUACUGUCAAGACAUAAUUAACUCGGUAUCCAACCAACUGAAUCGAUUAUAUUUGAAGUUUCUCAAAAGAAAUCCUGGAUAUGAUGGAAAGGUUUCAUUAUAUGGUCAUUCUCUGGGAAGUGUCCUCUCAUAUGAUAUCCUUUGCCAUCAAGAUAAUCUAUCAUCCCCAUUUCCAAUGGAUUGGGUGUAUAAGGAACAUGGUGAAAAUGAGGAAUCACUCUCUGAUAAGAAAGAUCAUUAUGUGCAGAACUCACCAAUCAAUCAGGAUGACACAUUCAGUAUGGUGAGCCCCUCUGAAGAAAAAAAGAGUACACAAGAGACUUGUUCAGAAAUGGAGGCAGAAUAUUCUGAGGAGUCCUCAGUUUUAGGCCAUGCAUUAUCAAGUGUAAAUGAAUUUACUGCAGAACCUAUCUCUCUGGAACCAAGUAAUAAGGGUGAUGUUUCCGAGUUCCUUGCCGAUUCUGGUGACACAUUUUUUGAGAAAAUGGGUGGUGCAUUGGAUAUGCCUCAGAGCAUGAAUGUUGAGCUGCCAAUGGAUAAGGAAGAAUGUAAAGUUACAAGCAACGAAGAUGAAGUAAUCAAGAAGCUCAGAGAAGAGAUUGAUUCAUUGAAAGCCAAUCUAACUGAACUGGAAUCACGUCAUAGCAAUAAUUAUACUGAGGAAGAGUUACAUUCUGUAAAAAAGUUAUCUAAAAAGUUACCUCCCAUACAAGAAGCACCAAAGAGUUAUACUCCAUAUAUCAAGUACACCAAGCUUCAAUUUAAGGUUGAUACAUUCUUUGCCGUUGGAUCCCCUCUUGGUGUAUUUCUUGCACUUCGUAAUAUCCGAAUUGGCAUUGGUAGAGGCCAAGAAUAUUGGGAGCAGGAAAAUAUAAGAGAGGAGAUGCCGGCUUGUCGGCAGAUGUUCAACAUUUUUCACCCCUAUGAUCCCGUAGCAUACAGGAUAGAGCCACUUGUGUGCAAAGAAUACAUCAGCCAACGGCCUGUUUUGAUUCCAUAUCACAGAGGAGGAAAAAGGUUGCAUAUUGGAUUUCAGGAAUUUACUGAAGACCUAGCAGUUCGAACUCAUGCAAUAAAGAAUUAUAUGAAAUCUGCAAGGGAUAAGGUAAUCACAGUGUGUCAGUCGAGGAAAAUGGAGAACAUAGAAGGGGAGAGUUCUGAAGAGGAAGAACAGCCAUCAUAUGGAUCUUUUAUGAUGGAGAGGUUGACAGGAAGCAUGAGUGGACGAAUUGAUCACAUGCUUCAGGACAAGACCUUUGAGCAUCCAUAUCUGCAAGCCAUUGGAGCUCAUACAAACUAUUGGCGGGAUUAUGAUACUGCUCUUUUCAUAUUGAAACACUUGUAUGGAGAAAUACCAGAAGAUUCUGAUUUGUUGGUAGGAUUUACUGGGGACAACUCAAAAUCUGAGAGUACCUCUGUUAGUUGGUAUGAACCGAGAGACACGGUUGAGGAAGAUCUUCCGUUGACUUUCUCAGACAAGGUUAUGGCCAGAAGCUUCUCGAGCAAAGCUAAGAAGGUUCUGCAGAAGCACACUGCGUUUAAUUUCUAAAUGCCUAUACACGAUGUAAUCGAGAGAUUGUGUAAUCUACGGAAGAAUGUAUAGUAGAAGAAGGGUUCCCCAUCUUAGGAUUGUUUCAUAUAGUUCGCUAGUGUACAAUUAGACCCUCCUCCAAUGUACAUAACCAGGGGUGUUAAAGAAAAAACAUCUUUUAGUAUCAAUAUAUGAGAACCGCAUAGUACCUGGUGUUGGCGAAAUAAAUUGUUUUUUUGGGUA